AAAUCCUGACAGUGGUUUUGCAAUCUCAUUCGUUACAAGCUAGGAAACACACAGCUCGGCUGCGGGGACACUACCAGUUCAUUGCGUCAUAUCACUGCCCUGCAAGCGACAUGGAACCCAUUAACCCUUCACACUACCCAGCUUCCAGAGCAGCAGGUGUGGCGACAGACUACAUCAACUACAAGAUGGGAACUCCGAAUAGACUUUUCCAACGGCAACAGGUGACAAGUGCCAGCAAAGAGAGCAUUGCUGGAGUGGGGAAUAAGUAUCACCUGACAUUUCCCAUAAAAGACUUUUUGAACGAGCAACCUGAAAUCAUGUGCACUGCAGAGGUUUUGUAUUACAGUGACAAGAACUGCCCUCCUGAUGUCAAAUUUACCUUACAAACCCAGCCACAGAAUUCCACAGCAACUAAAGACCAAGCGUUUUACUCCAGAAUGAUGAACAAUAAGGAACCACUAGUAGCUGAAGACAUUCCAGAUAAAUUUGGCAAUGUAGCACCAGACAUGGAGCCUGUAUGGAAUCUCGGGAUAGCUGCGGCUGGUUUUAUCAAGUCCAAAAACGCAACAGAAGAGACAUUAUUUGCGAUGACGGUCAUUAAGAAAGUUACGCAGGUGAUGAAAGACAAUACUGCACUGGAACUCCAUUACGAUUUACUGAUCCAUGAAAUGGUUUCCCAGGAAAUGAUUCCAUGGAGAAAUGAAAUCACAUGGAACCCAUCAGGAGGGUUAAAAAUAAUAAGCCAGCAAAGGCUCCCGAAAAGCCAUUGAGAAGAAUACU